GACCGGCCGAGCGUGUGACGCCGGUACUGUCAUGUGAUUCGGUUUCCCGGCAGUUUGGCCAUUUCUGGUUGUCAGGUCUGGAAACGGCUUGAGGUAGACGCAUUCACUGAAUUCGUAGUCGGUUCUCGUUUCAAACAGUGUCCGAACGUCGGAGUGUGACUGACCAGCUCUUCAGCUGAUGCCCGAGCGUCUGAGUGUCACCAGCCUUUUCCAUUUUCUAUUGCGGCCUGAAAUAGGUGAUGAAGGAGCCGCGCUUAGGAAGCUUGUGAUUUCAAAUAAACCUGUUGGACUAUAACCUGGUGGUGUAUUGUGACAUCUGACUUUUGUCAACUUCGGCAGUACCGGGACUACAGAGAACAACAGGAGGAAGUCAUUAAGGCGCUCCAAUUUGUUUCGUAGUUCGGCGCCUGACUCUGUCAGCACCGCCUUUCACCACAGCCUUCAAUUCCAUUUACCAACAAGAAUCUAUUUCGGCAUUUGGUUUUGGAAGAGUACUAGAACCAAGCUUCAAGAUCAAUUAUAUUUUUGUCACGUUAUCACCACAUUGUGACAUGGAAAAACAGGCUCUUGCUUCACAAAAUCAAGGAUCAGGACUCAUUGGACUUAAAUCUGUGUUUAAACAACGAGUACAUACGAUUGCUGCAUUUAAAAUUGGGGCCAUUCUGUUUACUAUUGUUCUAGUUAGUGUAGUUGCCUGCUAUAAUUAUUCUAUACCGGAUCUUUUGGUAAUUUCUAGAUCUUUUGACAUGAGCAGAACUACAUUAGAUCUGUUGUGGCAAUCUUCAAAUUAUGAAAAUAGGUCAGCAGCCUCAGAAACCAUGAACAAACUGUCAUUCAAUGAGAGUCAUUACAGCAUAUUUCAGUGUGAUGUUGAUCAUAUCAGUAGGUUUGAUUGUGCUUUCAAUGAAGUGAUUGACAUGAAGAAAUGUCAGACACGUGGUUGUUGUUGGAAUCCAGCAGCCAGUACAGGUAUCCCACACUGUUUUCUGCCAUCAAAUUAUCCUUCUUACAACCUGGAUUACCUUUCUCCAAGCAGUACUGGCUACACAGCCACACUGACCCGCAGUGAGAAGACCUUGUUCCCGAAUGACAUAAUGGCACUUGAGCUGAAUGUAAUCUAUGAGACAGCAGGCAGACUUCAUUUUACUAUUAAGGAUCCAAGGAGCAAACGUUAUGAGGUUCCCAUUGAUGUUCCUAAUGUCAUUGAAAAACCUUCAGCUGAACUCUACACGGUUAGAUUUUCACCCAGACCUUUUGGCAUCAUCAUACAAAGGAAAUCAAAUGGCCUUGUUCUCCUGAACACAACAGUGGGGCCAUUAUUUUACGCCGAUCAGUUUCUGCAGAUCUCUACCUCCCUGGCCUCGAAGUACAUCUCAGGUUUGGGAGAGCACAUGACAAACCUGAACCUCGAUCUCAAUUGGACUCAAUUAACUCACUGGAACAGAGAUCAAGGACCUCAUCCAAAUGCCAAUUUAUAUGGCUCACACCCUUUCUACAUGGUGAUGGAAGAGGAUGGAAAAGCUCAUGGUGUUUUCCUGUUCAACAGUAAUGCCAAGGACGUAUUACUUCAGCCAACCCCUGCUCUGACCUGGAGAACAAUUGGAGGAAUCCUUGAUUUUUAUGUGUUCUUGGGUCCAGAUCCAAAAACAGUGAUAAGACAGUACAUGGAUGUUAUUGGUUAUCCAAUAAUGCCACCAUAUUGGAGUCUGGGAUUCCACCUGUGCCGGUGGGGUUACUGGAGUACCAACGUUACUCGGCAAGUUGUUGCAAACAUGACCCAAGCAAACAUGCCUCAGGAUGUGCAGUGGAAUGAUCUGGAUUACAUGGACCAGAAAAAGGACUUCACCUACAACUUAGAGUACUUUGAAGAUUACCCACAGAUGGUGGAAGAAUUUCACAAAAAGGGAUUGAAAUAUGUGAUGAUUUUGGAUCCAGGUAUCAGCAGCACACAGACAGAAGGAACAUAUAAGCCAUAUGAUGACGGUGUAAAGAGAGAUGUUUUCAUUAAAAAUGAAACUGGCCAACCAUUGAUAGGAAAGGUUUGGCCUGGACCAACAGCCUUUCCAGAUUUUACAAACCCAGACACACAUGCAUGGUGGUAUGAGAAUAUUAAAGGAUUUCAUGAUAAAGUGUCUUUUGAUGGGAUAUGGAUUGAUAUGAAUGAACCAUCCAAUUUUGUUUCUGGAGCAAUUAAUGGGUGUCCAGAUAAUAAUUUAGAAAAUCCUCCUUAUGUACCAGGUGUGACGGGAGGAUAUCUGAGGUCUAACACAGUGUGUAUGUCUGGAAAACAAUAUCUGUCGACCCAUUAUAACCUACACAACCUUUAUGGGUUGACUGAAGCCAUCGCUUCUCAUAAUGCUUUGAUCAAGGUGAUUGGAAAACGUCCAUUUGUGAUUUCAAGAUCCACAUUUCCCAGUCACGGUCGUUAUGCUGGACACUGGACUGGGGAUAUCGCAAGUGGCUGGAAAGAUAUGUAUUAUACCAUCCCAGCAAUAAUGCUGUUUAAUAUGUUUGGGAUCCCCCUUGUUGGAGCUGAUGUCUGUGGUUUUCAUUGGACCACCACUGAAGAACUCUGUGUGCGCUGGACACAACUUGGAUCAUUCUACCCCUUUAUGCGGAAUCACAAUGACUGGAAACAGCCGUCCCAGGAGCCAUACGUCUUCAGUGAGUCUGCACAAUCAGCAAUGCGAAAAGCUCUCUUCAUGAGAUACAUGCUGCUGCCUUUCCUCUACACUCUUUUCCAUAAAGCUCACUCAGCUGGACAAAUGGUUGUUCGGCCACUGUCAUUUGAAUUCCCUCAAGAUCCAAACACUCCAAGCAUCGAUCGUCAGUUCAUGUGGGGUGAGGCACUUCUCAUCACUCCAGUACUGGAACCUAAAGCAGUGGAAGUGUCUGGCUACUUUCCUCCAACAACAUGGUACAACCUGCAUGAUGGUUCUGUAAUCCAUAGCAAAGGUCAGUACAUAAUACUACAGGCACCGUUGGAUACUAUUAAUGUCCACAUACGAGGAGGCUGCAUUUUACCUACACAGGAACCCAACACCACAACUGCUGCUUCCCGUAAGAACCCGUUUGGUUUGGUUGUGGCACUUUCUGAUCAGGCAAUUGCGAGGGGAGAACUCUUCUGGGAUGAUGGUGAUAGUCUGCUGAGUUAUGAAAAUGGUGAUUAUACAGAAAUUAUCUUCCUGGCAAAAAAUAAUGUGCUGUUCAGUGAAAUAAUCCAUUUGAAUAGCCAGAUAGAUGGCCUUAAAUUGGACAGUGUCUUGGUGUUUGGAGUUCCAUCAGCUCCACAGAAAGUUUCUGUUAAUGGAUUCUGGAUCUCUGACUUCUCCUACAGAACAGACACCAAGGUAUUGAAUUUGCAGAAUCUGUCUAUCCUAUUAGAAGAACAAUUCACAAUUGCUUGGUUCUGAAGUGAAGCAGAACCUGCAACUAUCAAGAAACCUUCCACAACAGAACAGACAAUAAUCAUAAACCAUUGAUACUGCUGGCAAUAAUUUAAAAGGGAUACUUAAUGGAUUGUGAUUAAUAGUUAGACAAAAAUCAGUGCAUAUCAUUUGAAACUGAAUUAAGGAUACAGAAAGAUUCAUUGUGCUGGGACACAGCUCCAAUUAUGUCUUGUAAUGUAAUAUGGUGGGGAGGAGGUGUUGUUGUAACGGGAAAAAGGAACUGUAAUUGAGAUAUUUGCCCCUUUGCAUCAUUCACUGUAUCAAACAAAGCUUCAAGUGAAAAUGAAGAAAAUUGUACUCUUUUUCACAGAGAAGCUCAGAAGCAUUUUUGAGACCUCUAUGUCAACAUCCUGGUUUGAAAAGGAUAGUGGUCUCUGUUUAUGGUACAAACUUGCUUCAUUACAGAAUUCACAGCAGGAGAAAGGGGCUCAUUGGAUUCCAAACCAGAAUUGCAGGUAACGAGGAAGUGGAGAAGAAAGUCAUACUUUUCUUAUAGUUCUCAUAAUGUAGUUUGGUCUUAAAUAUUUUACACUGAAAAAGCAUUCUGUUCUCCAAAUGGCUAUUUACAUGGAAGUUGCAGAUUUUUAAUAGAGAAGCAACCUAGCUUUAUAAUAAGAGCUGGUUAAUACAAGAAACUUAUUGGGUGAAGUUCAGAUUUCAACAAUAAAAAACUAUGCAUUUA